CGAUAACGACCCUGCAAAUGGGGUCAUUAUCGUUUUUUAACGUCAAGAGACCCUUGCUUAAAGUUGUGUACUCUACGGAGAUGCACGUUUUUUUAUAUUCGUGACUGCGGGAUUGCAUUUUGGUUUGUGGGCGGCGAACUUCACCAAAGGAUUCCCGCACCGUUCCCACGCCGUUACGUCAGCCAUGUUGAAGCACCUCGUUUGACCGCCGCGGCGUCAAGGCUUUGGUCCGGUAUCAGCGCCGCCGUGAUGCCAGAGUGUCACCGCGGUCAGGUGACGUAGCCUCGUGUUUGUCCGCUUACGAGUCGUCACCGCUUCAAAUCCUCCAUCACCAGAAAAACAGGGGUUAAUUGUUUAAUGGCUCCAUUUGUCUCACCCUGACCCCUCAGCUGUCCUCCCCUCCCCAAACACACACACACACACACACACACACACACACACACACACACACACACACACACACACACACACACACACACACACACACACACACACACACACACACACACACACUCACUCACUCUCAUCCCCCUCGCCCUCUGUCUCCCACCCACUGUGUUCUACGUCAGUGGCAGACAGCGGUGGUGGGCUAUAAAGGACCGGGGACUGUGAGGGGAGAGCAGUCACUUCCAGACCCAGACGAACACCUUCACUUCAGGACGGCCAAGAGAGAGAAAGGAGUCCAGCACCCAACGCCAGAUUGUACUUUUCUUCCAUCUCUUAAAAGAUAAUCGACCACAGAUCUGUGACCAGUGUUAGGGUAGGCUCUCUCUCUCUCCCUCUCUCUCCCUCUCUCGUCUCCACUUCCACGCUCAGGCUCCCCCUCCGUCCGCUCCGGUGGUGAGUCCGUGCGCUCGGCGUCUCCGUCAGCAUGCAGCUCAUGGUGGUCCUGGCGGCUCUCAUGGGGGUUCUGUUCAGCGUGAGGGCAGCGGUCCUGCCCCCCGUGGACGACCGGAGCAACUUCCACAGCAGCAGGGAGCUCAGCAAGGAGCGUAAGGAGCUGAUCCUGAAGCUGGUGUCGGGGCUCCUGGAGGGGGCCCCUGACCCCAACAUGCUUCCUGGGGAGCCGUCGGACAGCCUGCUGGAGCUGGAGGAGCCUCUGGAGUCCCGUCUGGAGGAGCGGGCCGUCUACAACCGGCUAUCGCUGCCCCAGCGCGACCGCAAAGCCCCGUGUAAAAACUUCUUCUGGAAGACCUUCACGUCCUGCUAACGACGUGCCCCCCGCCCCCACCUCCCCCCGCCGCCCCCCCGACCUCCUCCUCGACACGAAAGAAACCACACCUGUCUCUCAAUUCCUCAUCCUUCCGGAAAGAACGACCAAGUUCAGCAUAAACUGUAGUAUGAUCUCGGCUCUGCAUCUCACGGAUACGCGUCUCGUCUCAGUUUGGACUUCAGCCACACGGUUUCGUUUUUCAUUUCUUUCAUUCCUUAUUUAUUGAUCUGUUUAUUGUGUACAUUGUACGUAUUUAUGUGUGUGUUUAUUUAUUUUAGCGUCUAUAUUAAAGCAUGGAUAUGAUAUUUCAGAUGGUGAUGAAGCUGAUUUACUUUAAUCGCGUUAGGUUGCUGGUUUAAUCUUCUUUUUAAAGCGGUCAUGUUUUGCCUCCAUCUGCCUUAAAGUACUUGGCAUUGCCACGCGUGUAUGCCAAAAUUUAAACGAUUAAACUCAACUUAAUGUAUAAAUGUGUACUGAUAAAAUCAUCUGUGAGCAAAUGAAAAAUAAAACAUAAUAUGUUUGA